CUUUCAUGUCACUGUAGUGCUGCUGUUGCUGCUGCUGCUGCUGCUGCUGCUGUUGGUGUGCAGACGCAGCCAAUCUCUUCCUCAUGACGCCACCGAGGUUGGGCUCAGAUGUCUUCGAUCCGAAGAUUUAACAAACCCAACCUGAAUGAACACGGAGCAGAGACCAAGCCGUGCGGAGAGGACAAAUCUCGACCUGGAUCCGAGCACCGGCCAGCCAGCCAGCCGGCCGACGUCUGAUGUGACUCCUGCCAGGCUUUGUCAGGAAGAACUGGGGCAGCAUCCAAGCAUCUUUCCGAUGACCUGCUCAUUUUUAUUCCUAAUGGAUGCUUUUUAAUCAUUUUUAUUUGCCCUAAAUACACAUGGGCAGCUUUCAAUGUAAUGUCUACGUGACUUUUUUUCUUUGUAAAUACAUACACCCACUGGCGUCAGCACGAGGAAGUGGCUCUAUGGAAUGCGUGCACCGGGACCCCACUCCCUCCUGCUGCACCUUCUGAAACAUUUGUCCAGCCUUCCGUCCUCCUGGCACCGCAUCCUGCUCCGAAGAGGCGCUAAAUGAGGCGUUUGCGUGCACCUGUCUGGACAUGAAGAAGCUGGACCUUUACGCAACCACAGACUGUCAAACAUGAUGUAGUUUUAGCACAAACCUACACUCUUUGUAUGUAAAAUGCUCAGAUAAUUGUGUCCGCGCCGCGCUCAAAGCUUCUCUCUCUCUGUGAACUUAUAGAGUUAUUACCCACAAAUAACCAUGAUACUGUUUCGCAAAUUCAGAUUUCUGAUACUCAUGGUGUUUCUGGUGGCGUGCACUUUGCACAUCAUGAUAGACCUGUUACCAAAGCUGGAGAAGAGGGCGUCUGGGGCGGACAGCGGCGACGGCGCCGGGUGCCAGUGCGCGCAGCACCCGGACAGCGAUGUGCAGGGCUGGGGCAAGCAGCGAGCCAGGUCGCCGGGCGAAGCCGGCUGGCCUAACAAACACACGCUGAGAAUCCUGCAGGAUUUCAGCAACGAGCCGAGCUCCAACAUCACCUCACAUUCCCUGGAAAAGAUCACAGCCGCAGCCGGGAACAAAGCGGGGGACUCCUACGGGAAGACGAGACAGUCGGCUGGGAACCAGAGGGACGACAAGCCGCUGAUCGGGAACGCCAGCGGCGCUCGGACCGCGUCUGCCCAGGCUGUCUCCAGACUGUCCGCUCUGUUUCAGCAUCACUUAUACAAGGUUGACCUGCCUCCCCUCACGGAUGAUGAUACUUUAUUUAAAACUGACAUCAGGUUUUAUCCCAGAGCAACAGGAAACCAGGCAUGGCACGAUGGCAAUGAUGAAGAGGAUGAGUUUUCUCCCACCUCAGAGGUGACAGCUGAAUCUUACCCCAAUUGGCUGCAGUUCCACAUCGGGGUCAAUCGCUAUGAGCUGUACCCUCGACACAGUCCUGUGCUGGAUGCCUUGCUCAAGGACCUGGUCACACAGAGGAUCACCAGCGUGGCCAUGAAAUCGGGAGGCACUCAGCUGAAGCUGAUCAUGACUUUCCAGAACUACGGACAAGCCCUGUUCAAGCCCAUGAAACAGACCCGAGAGCAGGAAACUCCUCCAGACUUCUUCUACUUCUCAGAUUUUGAAAGACACAAUGCUGAAAUUGCUGCUUUUCACCUGGACAGGAUUCUUGACUUUCGGAGAGUGCCCCCAGUGGCAGGACGACUCGUCAACAUGACAAGUGAGAUCCGAGAUGCGACUCGUGACAAGAAGCUGUGGAGGACCUUCUUCAUCUCACCAGCCAAUAACAUCUGCUUCUACGGUGAAUGCUCCUACUACUGCUCCACCGAGCAUGCUCUGUGCGGUAAACCGGACCAGAUCGAAGGCUCGCUGGCUGCCUUCCUGCCAGACCUGAACCUGGCUAAGCGGAAGACGUGGAGGAACCCCUGGAGACGAUCAUAUCACAAACGCAAAAAAGCAGAGUGGGAAGUGGAUCCAGAUUAUUGUGACGAGGUGAAGCAGACACCACCAUACGACCGUGGCUCUAGACUGCUGGACGUCAUGGACAUGACCAUCUUUGAUUUCUUAAUGGGUAACAUGGACCGGCAUCAUUAUGAAACUUUUGAGAAGUUUGGAAAUGACACCUUCAUCAUUCACCUCGAUAAUGGAAGAGGGUUUGGGAAACACUCCCAUGAUGAGCUGUCCAUCCUAGUCCCUCUCAGCCAAUGCUGCAGGGUCAAGAAGUCCACUUACCUGCGUCUCCAGCUUCUUGCCAAAGAGGAGUACCAGCUGAGCUUUCUGAUGGAGGAGUCUCUGCUGCGGGACCGCCUGACCCCUGUCCUCAUCCAGCCUCACCUCCAGGCCAUGGACCGCCGGCUGCGGUUCGUUCUGCAGGUCAUAGCAGGCUGCAUAGAGAAGGAGGGCUACGUUAAUGUCGUGGAGGAGGACCUGGUGGGGGACACGGCCACUCACAGGGGCCCGGCCCAGAGGUAGUGAGGGCCACGCUUCAGGGAGACAACACUGAAGCAGGGACCACGUCUGUGGCUGUUUGACCUUUGGGAUUCAACCAAAAAUAUUCGAUAUGAAGCUGAAUUCAGUGAAUUCCGAGACUGCCAUCUUUGCCUCUUAAGGAACUGCUUUAAGUUGUUUAUAUGGAAACAAGCAUCUACAGACUGUGUUUACACAGAGGCUUUAUAUUUGUCAGACACAGCCAUAUUUUUGUUUUAUUAUCUGUAUGAUGGAACAUAAGGGAACUGUGUUGUGAACAUAGAUGGGUUUGUUGGACACAUUACCAAAUGCAACACUGAUCGGGCAGAAGAACCGUCAGACAAUAAGCUUUAUCAGUUAUGUCAGUGCAUCAACUUUGUGCCGAAUUUAUCGUUUAACAUCUGAUGACCAGGAGAAAGCCUUGCAAGUAUCUUUUUUAAAUUUUCUUGGCCCAGACUCUCUGUAGAUCAAACCAGAUUAUCACGUUCACAAUUUAGUAAACAUAUUUCACUUUACUUAAAUGCAGUUAUUGUUCAUUUCCAAUUUCUCCUGGAUGUUUAUCACAAAAACAACAUUUUCAAAACAACAUUUCAGGAUUUUAAACCAGAUUUGUCAACUGAGCUGAUUUAUUUAAACAUGCUUUGGUGAUCUGGUGAAUGAAUCUCUGUGUUAAAGCAAACUUGAAGCAUCUAGUUGGUUGCGUAGGUUUAAAGUUUAUGCAAUGCAAACAUUUUCAGAUUUUUUUAUUUAUUUGUGAACCAAAAGAAUUCCACAAUAUGUCUAACUUUCAGGUUCUUAAACAUGUUUUCCACACAAUCAAGCACAGUAUUCAUGAUCAUAUUUCAGAAACUGACAUUCCUGAGAAUGUUAUUUAUUUGUUUAGAUGAUAAAAACCUUUAGUGCUGUUUGAUUUGGAAGAACUGACAAAGAGGUGCCCGUGCAAUUUCCUUUUUCUCCUCCAAAGAGUCCUGUGUAUGUGCUAAUCCUGUAUCUGUGCAAUGCCAGAAAAAUCAGUACUUGAAUGUGUGGGUUGGCAGUAUUAACAGGAUUCACAGAGCAGUGUAGAGUUGGGUUUGUGCGAUCAAUGCCUCGUCCAGACACAGGGACAACCAUGGUUUUUAAUACGUUCAGUGUAAAUACUUAUAAAUAUUUUCAGGAUCAAAUAAGCUGCACUGCAGAGUAAUUUGCUUCUGUUCUCUGCUCCUGCAUUGUUACUGUGAAGAUCUGUUUACUAAAUGAUUAAAGUGU